AUGGCUUGGAAUGCAGUAUUUAAAAUUUUUGUGGCGUCGCUGUGUCUCUUCUCUGGUUCCUCGACCGCCUUCCCCUUCUCCAAGAGGCAGACUACAUCCCUCGACAUCGACACCAUUCAGAAGCAGGCGCUUGCAAACGCAUACAAGGUGCUCGAUGGCACGCUCUCUGAUGGUAUGACUCGGGGAGCGGGAUGCACCAAGAGCACUGUCGCGAUCCGAAAGGAGUAUGGUGAUCUUACCAAGGACGAGAGGACAGAAUACAUUCGCGCGGUGAAGUGUAUACUCUCGAAGCCGUCCAAACUACCCGCUGGGAAGUAUCCAGGGGCUAAGUCGCGAUACGAUGACUUCGUCGUUGUGCACAUGAACAUGACUCCAUCAGUUCAUGGCACGGUAUCUAACUUUCACAGGGCUUAUGAAACAGCACUGAAGACGGAGUGCGACUACAAGGGAUACCAGCCUUACUGGAACUGGGGCAAGUACGCAGACCUCCCAGCCUCUCCAAUUUUUAAUGGAGACAACUGGAGUAUGGGCGGCAAUGGUGAGGCUGUGGCGCAUAAGGGAGGAAACAUUGGCCGCGCAAUACCUGCUGGACCUGGAGGAGGAUGUGUCAAGACUGGCCCGUUCGCUAACACGACGAUUCAUCUUGGUCCCUUGUCUCCGACGAUGGACCCUGCCCUCAAGAUCAAGUCCAACCCACAACGAGAUGGUUAUGGCGACAAUCCACGUUGCCUGCGCCGGGACGUCAACAACUAUUUUACCACUCAAUUCUUGCGUCCUGUGGAUCUUGCCUCCCACAUUACGAGCAAUCCUACCAUCGGGAAGUUCCAAGACACCCUUCAGAAUGACACUCCGCAAAAGGCUGCUAUCCAUGGGGCAGGUCACUUCUCAAUCUGGGGAGAUCCAGGAGGUGAUGUCUACGUUUCUCCUGCGGAACCAGUCUUCUGGAUGCACCAUGGCCAACUCGAUAGGCAUUGGUGGAUGUGGGCAAACUACUUAGAGGCUGAGAUUAAGACAAGGACUAGUCAAUAUGAGGGGUAUCCAAAUUCUGCAAAAGGCAAACCGACUGAUCCACAAUGGCUGGAUGUCACUGCUCCCACAGGCACAAAUGGCCUGCCCAGCAACAAGAUAUUCUCGACCACCUCGGGACCUUUCUGCUAUCUCUACCAGUAA